UGUGCGCCGGUGCAGGGGUGUGCCAGUGCAGGUGGCGGAUUUCCCAACAGGCUUCGGCAAUCCCACGUGGAUGGGCACGCAUGACGCCCCCCAUGCCACCGCGCCUCUCGUGCAGCAUCCCAGCCAACCACUGCGGCGUCUUCUCCGCAUCACAUAUGGCCGGCGCUCAGCUCCUGCAGCCGUCCAUGGAUGCGGUGGGCUGGUUCGCUAGAGAAGCCCCUUGUCACCUCCGCGCUCCUGCGCUCCCCCUCCCUAGCCUCUCCCUCCUCCUCCUCCUCCUCCUCCUCCUCCUCCUCCUCCUCCUCCUCCUCCUCCUCCUCCUCCUCCUCCUCCUCCUCCUCCUCCUCCUCCCCCCCCUGCCUCCUCCUCCUCCUCUCUUCGGCCCGUCACCAGGGGCUGGUAGCAAAAGAUGCAUUUCAGCUAGCAGACGGAGAUGUCGCCCGUGCAAUCUAUGACUACAUCUCGCCACAUGUACGCACUGGGUGGGCGGCCGGAAGAGAUUCGGGUGGCAGCUAUUGGAACCCGGAUACUGUGACGCCGAUCGGACCACCACCCACCACCGGCCCCAACCUAUGCCUUCCCAUGCCAUGCACUGCCCUCCAUGCCUUCGCCCCUCUCAGCUGAUGGACGCCUGGCACUGCCGUGGCCUGUGGAUUACCUCUCACCGCCCCGCCUUUCGUCCUAACAUGGCGCAGCGCACGUGGACCCCCACAGGGAUGAGGUGGCAUGGACGCAGGGGAUGAGAGCCAGGUUCACCUCGCACGUGCAGAGUCUCGUUUCGGGCGGCAAGCUGCUCGUGCUGCCAGCCGCCCCCAGAUUAGUUGGGGAUAUGCUAUGGCUGCGAGCUGAUAGAGCACACUGGGGUGUGGGGUGGGGAUUGUGGGGAAGAGGGGACGACACAGGAUGACAGGGAAAGAGAAGGCACAGGACGACGGGGAAGAGGGGGCGAGGGAGGGAUGUUAGUGGGCUACCACCAAGAGGCUGUGACAAUACUGAGAGAAACACGAGCACGUGGCUGUAUUGAGAGCAAGGUGAAUGUGAGACUCACUCGAGGUUAGCAACGCCCUGAGUGGGAGGGUUGCUCUGCAGGGUGCGGUCGAUGAGCACCAACAGCUGCAUGUUAUCUGGCAGCCCUGCCAGUGACAAGAGGGAGAGGGGAGUGGGGAGGGGAAGGGAUGGGAAUGGGAGGGGAAAAGGGGCAGAAGGGAGGGGAGGGGUGAGGAAGAAAGGGAGGCAGGGUGAGGUGAGAUGUGGGUGACGGUAGCAGCACACUCCUUGCCAGAGCAAGCUGCUCGCAGCAGGCAUGUUAUCAUACCCCACCACCAGCAUGCGCACCAUCACAAACACGCUGCGCAUGCUACUCUGAACACUCUUAUCCAUCGCCGUGCCGCCACUGCUGUUUCAUGCCCAUCUCCCUCCCCCUCCCCCCUCUCCCGAUCCCCCUGAUGCUGCUGCGCCUCCCUGACUGAACUGAAGCUGGUAACCUCCCUUUUUUCCGCCUCCCCCUGCCCCCACCACUGCACCAGCAGCGCAAGCGGGCCCGGCCCAUGGGUGUGUGCCCCAUGCACAGCGAUGACGUUGCUCAAGGGGCUGAGCAGCAGCACGCUGUCGUAGCGCGGGGCGGGCACGCGGGGCAGGGCGAGGAGCAGCGGGCCCGAGGCGAGGUCGAGCCACGCACUGGCGUAGAGCGUGUCAGUGUUCUGCAGGGGGAUGGGUGUGAAAGGAGUGGAGGAAAGGCAGGAGAGGUGGAGCCAUGGAGGUGUGCAGUGCGUGGCUGGCAGCAGGUGCGCACCUGGUUGUCAGCAGUGGUGAGGUCGGUUUCUGGUGGAGCAGCGCCUUGACUUGACUGUGCGCCACCAGCGGCUGCCCCCGCCUGUGCGCCGUCAGCCCCGCCCGCAGGAACCUGGGGGCAUGGGGCCACGGUGAGAUGGCCUCGAAACAUGGCACGGUGUAAUGGCAUGAUGGAGUGGCAGACAUGAUGGUGUUGGAAAUGAUAAAAUGACUGGCAUUCCAGUACGGACAAAUAACCGUCCCGGUUGUUGGAAAUAUCUCAAAGGACUUGAGCGUUUUUGAAGUGUAACACUGCACUCGAGGAAGACUACAGGGGAGCACGCGAGUCAACGGAGGUUACAUGAGGGGGCGGACAAAGAAUACGAAAAGACACGAAAGGUCGCAACUGGAGGUUGCAACUGACCGUUACAACAUCACGGAUGGUAACCGAAGCGGUAAUCGA